CCCUAAAAAAGGAACCAAGAAAAAGAGAAGCAAAGCGAAGGGGCUAAAGAAAUCUCGUCUUUACGCCUCUCUCUCUCUCUCUCUCUCUCUCUCUCGUUCUAUGUGAGCUCUGUCGCAGAGCUCUAAUGGACGAAAUGUAGCAGAUUCCCGCAAGGAGAGCGGCUCCCAAUUUCGAAAUCCGGCAGUUUUUCUUCUCUUUCUUUGGGUUGGAGAGAUGCCGAUGAUUCGGUACCAGAUAAGGAAUGAGUACGGAUUGGCGGAUCCGGAGCUCUACGGAACUGCACAGAGGGAUGAUCCCGAGGCGCUUCUUGAAGGGGUCGCCAUGGCAGGCCUCGUAGGCGUCUUGAGGCAGCUUGGAGAUCUCGCCGCGUUUGCUGCAGAGAUAUUUCAUGACUUGCACGAAGAAGUGAUGGCCACGGCUGCUAGAGGGCAUGGACUGAUGCUUCGUGUCCAGCAGCUAGAGGCAGAAUUUCCAUCAAUCGAGAAGACCUUCUUCACUCAGACAAAUAAUUCAAGUUUCCCUUGCAAUGAUGGUAUUGACUGGCAUGCUAAUAUUCAAAUGGAUCAGAAUCUAAUCACGCAAGGAGAUAUGCCUCGUUUUAUCUUGGAUUCUUAUGAAGAGUGUCGUGGUCCACCUCAUUUAUUUACACUGGACAAGUUUGAUGUUGCUGGUGCCGGUGCAUGUUUAAAAAGAUAUUCUGAUCCCUCUUUCUUUAAGGUGGUGUUAGCCUCCUCUGGAAUGCUGGAAACAGAGCUCCCAAGAGAAAAGAAAGCUCGUAAGACUAAGAAGAAGGGAUCACGUCGGAAGAAUGGUCAAACGCUCGAGUCCUUGUUGGCACCCGAUGCCGAUUUUGAUUUGCGGCAGAUAACUUUUGACCAAGUUUCUGAGAAAACUUCAAGACAUGUGAGGUUGAAAACUAGGCAUUCGAAUGGUAUGGACAAAAGCAACGACAGAGGCUUAAUGGAGCGUCUACUUGAAAUACAUUUAUCUGAGCAGAAAGUUCUGUUUGGAAAUUCUAUAAGCCACUCCCACGUAAAAAUAAAUCCAAUUGAUUCAAAUGAAUCAGCUACUGAAAUACGCGAGAUUGCAGUUGAUGCUUCAGCUGACCGCCCAUUAGUUAGAGUGACAGACCUAAUUCAGUCUCCUGAUGAAAAAGAAGUGGCAGGGUUGCCUUUAUAUGAUUUGGAGAUGCAGAAGAUAAAGAAUAAAGAAUUGUCAGAGGUACUGCAUGACUCAUUUGGUGAACUAAAGAAGACUGACUCAGACUAUCUUGUUGUGGAGCAAAAGGAAAUGUCCACUGAGUGUGGAUAUAAAUCAGAAGUCUGUCUUGAUGGCUAUGUAUUUAAUCAACCUGAAACAACUCCUUCACUGCAGGUGGUUGAUCAGAACAAAUUGUUGGGGGAUGCUGAAUGCAAAACAGAAGGUGGUGCUUCCGAUGACAUAAGUAGUGAGCUGGAUAAUUUCGUGGAUGCAUUGAAUACAAUGGAAUCAGAAUUAGAAACAGAUUUUGAAUGCAGAGGUAAAGCUGAGGCGGGUGUCUUCAACAUGGAAUCUCAUGGAGAGGAUUCUGACACUAAUGAGGCACAACAGGAGUUGCAAGCGCAAUUUUCAGAACGAGAUUCUGUUGAUAACUCUGCCAAAUCGUUGAGCUCAAACACUAUGCUUAAAAAUGAAGUAACAAGUAUUUCUGACUCAGAUGCAAGUAGUUUGGCUGUUGCACAGCCAACUCAAAGGAAUAUGGUUUCUCUUGAUUUGCCUGCCAAUUCAGAAAUUUGGACCGGUAAAACCCAUAAUAAUACCACUGAAACAGAUUGCAAAGACAUGGAAAAAUCCGAUCUGGGUGUCGUUAUCGUGGAACCUCAUGGAAAGAAUUCAGACAAUAAUGAGGCACAACAGGAGUUGCAAGUUCAUUUUUCAGAACCGGAUUCUGUUGAUAACUCCACUAAGUCAUUGGACUUGAACAAUAUGUUUAAGAAUGAAACAACAUGUGUUUCUGAAUCAGAUACUACAAUUAAUCCACUUGUUGGACAGCCAACUCAAAGGAACAUGGUUUCUGUUGAUUUUCCUGCCAAUUCAGAAAUUUGCCCUGCUAAAAGUCACGAUAAAACUACUGAAGAGCUCUGGCAAGAUGACGAGGACAUGGAACUGAAUUCUUCAGGUGAUUUAGUCUCUAGUUCUUGUUUUAGAGAUUCAACUUCUGUUCUUGUCAGUGAUCAUCAUCUGGGGAGCUGUCAUGAAUCCCAGUCUGUUACCGGAGACCAGAAUGGGUUACCUUCUGGUUAUGAAGCAUCAGAAGCUCAUGAAGCUACCAAAUAUUUGGAUGGUUCAUCCCUUGAGAGCGAUCAUCUUGAAACGCCUCAUCCUGCAGAGCAUGUUGAAGAGCUGAUUUCAGAAGAUAUGGCAGGAACAUUUGACAUGCCUGAUCUCUUUUCCCAAAUAGAAGACAGAAGUGUGUCCAGAGAAGUUCCUACAGGGUAUAUUGAAGACUCAUUGCUUUCAUUAACUGCGUCCAUAAUAGGAGAGUCACAAGAAUCAACAGAACCAGAUACUAGGGCUUGUUCAGGUGGGGCCAUAUCACCAACCAUCUCUGCAUUCUCCCCUGACAUCAAUUCUAUUGCUUCAAAGCCUGACAGCUUGGCUACAGAACUGGAAAAUGGCAUGCAGCCUGAAGAUAUAGUUUCACAGACAUCAUCUGGCUUUGUGAAAGACACUCAUGACAUAGCUGAAGAGUUCGAUGGUUCAUCCCCUGGGACUAAAGAUGAUGUUUCUGAAAAGAUUCAUCCUUCAGACCAUUCUGUGGAGCUAAAUUCAGAAGAUGUGACAAUAAUGCUUGACAUGACCAAUCAUCAUUCCCAAACACGAGAUGAGUGUUUUCUUGAGAAGGUUCCUCCAGGCUUUGUGGAAGAUUCAACCCUAUCUUCAACCGGGCACAUAGGAGAGACACAGGAAUCCAUGAAACAAGAUACAGAAGCUUGUUUAUGUGGUAGCAUAUCACCUACCAUCCCUGCUUUGUCUCCUGAUAUCAGCUUUACUGUUCAGCCUGAAGGCUUAGCUGCUGAAAUGGAAAAUGUUGUUGCACCUAGUGAAAAUUUAGCAUGUUCAACAGUUGGCCCUGAAAAUGCUGAGGAAAUGGCUGAAUAUAAUAUUUUAGUUCCCAACACUCUGGCCCCUGAGUUGGAGUACUUUGCUGAUGCUAAGCAGCCUCAAGAGUUUCCCUAUGUGGUCUCAACAGGGUUUACCCAUUUGUGUUCUUUAGAAGAAACCUGUCCUAGUGACAUGCAGUUGCCGUGCAAUGUUCCCAACCAUGAGCUGAUUGAAUGUCCCAUUCCUGUUGAUGAUACUUUGAAAUUGCUAGAUGAGCCUACAGUACAUACUUCUCAGGAGAAUACACUGCAGACAGGAGAACCUACACAAUGUGAUGACCUAGUAGCUGAGAAUGCAAUUUUUGAACAUAACAGUGAUAAUGCACAUUCUUCUUCAACCUAUUCUCCAGAAACAUCAGGCCUUCAAGUACAGUCACAAGAAUAUGGCAUUCCUGAUGUUGCAGCGGUAUAUCAGCACCAAGUGGAGAAACAAGAAGCAAUUAGUCCAAAGGACAAAACAGCAUUGGAUUCUCAAAACAUCCGGUACAGGACUCUUCCUUUAAGCGAGGAAGAUCAACCUGACAAAUCAGCAUUGGAUUCUCAAAGCAUCCAGUACAGGACUCUUCCUUUAAGUGAGGAAGAUCAACCUGUGGCUGCUUCUACAGCUUUUGACCCUGAGUUAUCCAUUUUAUAUUCAUCUGAUCCAUCUGAUUUUAGAUUGCUUACCGAUGUUUGUCGAACAAAGUCAUCUGGAGAUGUCCAAACAGAUCUGCAUUCCGACAAUGACGAAGCAAAUUCGGUAUGUUCCUUAGAAAGCAAACAAGAUUUUGUUUUAAAAGCUUUGCCAUGUGGUGGUUGUGAGAGUACAGAAGAAAAGAAGCUGCCUCCAUCUACUCAUUUCCUUUCAGAGCCAACAAUUUUACUUGAAGAAGCUGCCUCCAAAUUAGAGAUCGGCAGGGAACUAAAUGUGUUACCUGUCCAUCAAGAGGGUGGGCAUCUUGAUUUGCAUGCUCCAACUAUUGACCUUAAUGAUGAACCAUCAGAAGAAGGGCCAGAACUGAGGUCCCAUGACUCUGCUACCAAUGCAGAUGUUAGUGAGUUGGAUACACCACUAUCAAACAAAGCCAUAUGUUGGCAAGUUGAGCCAGAAGCUUCCACUUCUUCUGCAUGCAGUUCUGAACUUAUCUCAAGUUCUUUGGCUUCUAAUGUUUCAGCUGUUAUGUUACCAUUUGUUUCAAGCUCCGAUGCGAUGAUUUUGGAAACUUCUCCUCAAUUGCCUGUCGAGCCACAAUAUGGUAAACCAGUCUCCAGCUUUCCUUUUCAAGAUGUUGAAGAACCACCACCGCUUCUGCCACUCCCUCCACUUGAGUGGAGAAGGGGAAAGCUUCAACUGGGCUCCCUAUCAUCAGUUGGAAGUUUAUUUCAACCUCCUAGUGGAACAAAUCGAUCAAUGGCACCAUCAGCUACUGAUUGGAAGCAUGGACAUGGUUUACUAGCGGGUGAAGGCGAAAUGGUUAAGCCAGCAAAUCCAUUUGUUACUUUACCGGUGUUGGAAGCCAAGAGUUCUCAGCAUGGUUUGUUAAAAUCAGAGGGAGAAAAGAUGCAUCCCUUUAGGUUGUCUGAACUGCCACCUAUUGCGGAUGAUGAGUAUCAACAUGAUGCCCCAUUUUUAGAGGGGAAAGUUGCGUAUUCUUCAAACCCUUCUUUGGUAGUUUCACCUGUAGAAGAUGAGAAGCAUCGGUACAGUCAUAAUUCGGUGGGGGGAGUGAUGUUGUUGCCGUCAAACCCAUUUGCAUCAUUAUCAGCAUUAGAAGAUGAGAUCUCUCAGUGUUCCCCACUAUUACAGGGGGAAACACCACAGCCUUCAGAGGUUACUGGUUCUCAACAUGAUCAGUUGCUUAGUUCAGAGUUGGAGAGAGAUCAAGAUUCCAGACAUGAUCGCUUAAGUUUAGAGAGUGAAACAAUCCAGCCUCCAAAAACAUUCUUGGCUGGUUCUCAUCAUGAUCAGUUGCUUAGUUCAGAGUUGGAGAGAGAUCAAGAUUCCGGACAUGGUCGCUUAAUUUUAGAGAGUGAAACAAUCCAGCCUCCAAAAACAUUCUUGGUACAGUCAGAUAUAGAACACGAGCAGCAUCAGCAUGGCUCUGAAAUUUGUGGAGUCGAAAAUUUGCAUCUUCUGCAAUCAUCGAUGCCAGUACCAGCCACAGGAACUGAGUUGCCUAAGCCUGGCCAUGUAACUUCAAGGGAAGAUGGUCAAUCUUCUCAAAUUGAUGCUUUACCAACACCAGACGAUGAGAACUCAAAUGUGAAGCCUCGUUCGAUUCGUAACCGGCCUAGAGAUCCUCUGAUUGAGGCUGUUGCUGCUCAUGAUAGAAGCACGAUGAGAAAGAUAUCAGAGAUGGUUCGACCUUCCAAUAAGCCAAAGGAAGAUGAAAGGGAUUCAUUACUAGAGCAGAUAAGAAGCAAGUCCUUCAACCUCAAACCAGCAGCCGUCACAAAACCAAAUAUUAAGGGUCCUCCAACAAAUCUCAAGGUUGCUGCUAUCAUAGAGAAAGCAAAUGCAAUCCGCCAGGCAUUUGUGGGAAGUGAUGAAGACAAUGAAGAUAGUUGGAGCGAUUCUUAAGCACUGACCAUUUCUUGAAUUGAAGUUCUCCAUAGUUGGAGUGAUUAUUAAGCACCAAUCACUUGAACUUUUGAGCUCUCUGUAUCUGGCAUAUGCCAAUCAUGCGAGUCUUCCUUCAGUAAUACGGUGACAGCAGUGGAGUAAUCUGCGUGAACCAAACAAUCAGCACAGAAGGGAGUCUUUUUGUUCAUGCAUAUAUAUUGUCGUGUGUAUAAUAUUCUUUUAGUCCUUUCUUCUUUGUGUCAGAAUGUAUUCCACAGCUAGCUUGUAUUCACCAGCGAAGGCUUUAGAUGAAAGAAACAGACCUUGCCCUUGUCGCUUAAUGUAAUUUUAAGUGAAAAAUUUUGGUUUGUGGAUUUGAGAGGCAUAGAUAUUUGAAGUGCAUAGAGCUUCCUUCGAGGCUA